GACACUGAAGACACUGAUAAUUUGGGUUAUCCUGUUAUCUAUUAUACUAUUUAUCAGCUCCACCUGUAUGGUAUUGUCGGGUGCCUGACAGUUCUCUCUAGAGCCGCCACCAUGCGGUCGUUGGUAGCCACUGUGGCUCUCGUGGCCAUUCUUACAGGAUCGCAAGCGUCGACGCCGUUUCAAUAUCUAGACCCCCAGACGUUCAAGACCAGCCUCCACCAAGAUGUGACCGUCGUGAUCAACCUCGCAGGGUUCCGUGAGAACAUCGCCUGCUCCCUUAAAACCCCCCUCGGUGACCAGAUCGACUUGUCACCCGAUGACGAAGAUUCCUAUACGACGGAACCCUACCAGCAGCAGGAUUCGAAGCAAGGCCGACAGCUACCAGGAAUACAGGUCGUUGAGGAUGGUGGCGCUAAGAUCUCCUGUGGAGUGAAGAUCACUGUGUUGUCGGCGGACUACGCAGGGGAUUGGGAGAUGGUGGCCACUGAGGCUCUACAUGGAUGGAGCGCUGAAGAGAGGAGGCUGAACUUCACGCUGCAUGUUGAAGAGACGGUCCGGACAUACCCGUACCACGACGCUGUCGUGGCUGAGGGCAACGAGCUGCAAUUACAGCUGGAGAUUCCCAUGCCUGAGGGAUCCAUCUGCCAGGUCCAGAGCCCCAACCCGGCCCGCCAGGUGACAAGUACCAGCCAGGACUGCGGCUUCACCAUCCCCGCUGUGCAGCACCAAGAUGCAGGCAUCUGGGAAAUUACGUACGAAGAUCGCAUCUUUUACAAGGCUACCUUCGAGCUGAAUGUUACUUCUAUAAUACCUGGUGAGCAGUACAACGUCGAGUUUACGGACAAAACGUCAGUAAACGAAGAAGUUGGGCCAGAAGAAGCUGUGUACUGCACUUUAGUAGACCCGAGCGGUUCCACCGUGUCCCAGAACUUCGGGCGAUGCAGAUUGGUCCUGGACAAGAUCACAAAGGACCACGACGGGUCGUGGUCGAUGAUGGUGGCGCUGCCUGGGAAGGUUCAUCUUACCGAGUUCCCGUUGGUAGUCAGCGUUGUGGAUCAUGAACCCAAGCCGCAAGUGGUGACGUCAGUGAGUGUGAACAAGCCGUCGGUCUACCUGUCCUGCUCCGUGGCCACCCAACACCCGGUGAGGCUCUGCAAGUUCCAGAACCCCUCGGGGGAGGUGCUCAUAGCCAGUCCGGGGGUGGGGGAGGGGCGGUACAAGUACUAUGGAGAUGCUCAAAGCUCCACCUCAGGAGUUCAGAGCUGCGGCCUGGAGCUCACCUCCACCGCCAACUCAGACCUGGGCCUGUGGCGGUGCGGCAUCGAGACUGACGAAGCCACGCACUACGGCUUCUUGAAGGUGCUGUGUCCGUGGGCCCUGAUGAACCCCGUGAUUGCCGCUUCUGUUGUCACUGAGCCGACUCUAACAGCAGCAGACCUGUCUAAAGUGCUGUUCAGAGAGGAUGAUGCAGUCACAAUGAGCUGCAGCGUGCAAGCUUCCAUCAAGUACUGCUACUUCAGAGCCGGCAACGGAUCUGUCUUCUCAGUCAACCCUGAAACUUCCUCUCCCGGAUUCGACGCAGGCGAGUGUUCGAUGCGUCUGGAGCGAGUGUCGCUGUUGGACGACGGCGCGUGGAGCUGCCACGCCGGCCUCGUGGACCAGAGCCGGGAGCAGACCGCCAGCCUCAGGGUUCAUGUUCGACCAAAGAUGGCAGUGAGCCAGUUCACGGACACAUUGGGAAGACUGGUCGUGCGGGGAGACACGGGCAAGUCCGACCUCGACUACUGCAGAUUUGUCCGGAUUGAUGGACUUGGCUUCACCUCCGACAGUACACCCGACCGCUACACAUCCGAGAGCAAGUUGAGCUCCGGCUUCUGCUCCAUCGUCAUCGCACGGCCCACCAUCUUGGAACACCACCCCUGGACCGUGGUCGCAAGCAAGGACGGGAGGGAGAUCAGCGGCACCACGCAGAUGUCUCUGCUGAUGCCUGAGAUUUUCUACAACCGAAACGGCUUAUCCUCACUCUUAUGGUUACUAAUCUUGGCGGUCCUUCCCGCUGUGGUGAUGGUCCUACUGCUGUCCAACCGUCGCGGCCGCGAGUGGACCGCCAGGCGUGCCUCGAGCAUCCGGUCCAGCUUCCGUAGACCCACCAGCUAUAACACCACGCCGGUGGUCGCUGAUUCCAAGGAGGUCACCAAAGUACCGCUGGAGUAGAAAGUUUAUAAACUGCUGCUAUUAUUUAAGUUAACUUCUUAAAUAAUAUCGGGACAGGCAAGAAACGAAAAUUUAUAUUUAAAAAAUAAAUGUCCAUAAAAUUGUGAGGCCUUGUUGAUAUUGUUGUAACUAUAGUGAUAAUAUAAUUGCAUUUAAUUAAACAACUAUGUAUAUCUGCCUACCUAACUAUCUACUAAUAAAUAUUUGUAUGAAUACCUA